AUGGCCACCCAAACUCAAACUCUUCGUCCUCCCAACUUCUCCGAGGAUGUAGCUUGGGUACCAAGUUGGCUUCAGAAUCUUAGAGCAGACGGGUUUAAUGAAUAUGCAAAGGAGUCUCAAACUCUUUCCAUCCAAGCAGAGAAGGAUUUGACACAUUCUCUAGAAAAUGGCAUUGAUGUCAACGGCCUUAAUGUAUUAUCAAGGGAAGAAGGUGGAUACAGGAGUUGUCAUUUAUUCUUGUCUGGAGGCGAUACCUCAUCUCUUAGUGUUGCUCCAUCUCCUGGAAAUCAGGUAUUCCAGUUUAAUCUGCAUCUUUCUUCAGAUGUCGAUUCACUCUUUUACCCAACCCAAGAUUUGAAUCAAUCUCAUCACGUGCUUGCACCAAGUAAAGCUUUGUCAUUGCAACCUGCUCAAACUUCCUUAGAUUUUAGAGAAAAUGUGCAUUCCAUGAUGGGCAGCCGUGCCUGUGAACAAGAUGCAUUGGCUUCAUUCAUUCCUGACACAACAAAAAAAGAUUCUUUAAAAUCUCUUGUUGAUACAGUUGGUUCUGUUAGACAACAGAGAGAAAAAUCCAAGGUCGAAUAUUUCAGAAGUGAUGAUAUCAGUGAUGCAGUUGAACUGUCUAUUGCAGCAUCUGAGGCAUUGGUCAUACAUGAUUUAGUAAAGAUGGAGUCAGUAUCAAAAACAUUGAGUACAGAAGCUGUACUUGAAAUUGCACUACACGUGAAGCAAGCACGUCUUGAGGGGUUAGAAGAUGGCUUCCUUUCAUCAAGCAUAGAAUCUGACUGUAGUGAUUCCCUCUCCGAUUUAAAUGAUUUCAUCAUGGAAGAUGCCUAUGAAGAUAUAGGCUUAUCUAUUGGUGUUUCCUUUGAAGAAAAUCUUUCCAAUUCAGCUACGUUUCAUGAAAAAGGUGUGUCUGGUGAUGAAAAUUAUAAUGAAGGCAAUGAUAUACACGAUGAUAUAGUGCUUACAUCUAAGCUUGCUAAAUUUGAUUAUAAAUCCGAGCAAAAGAAAUUACAAGUCAACAUGGAGAUGGAAGUGCAGCAAAAUCCAGACUCACCUCCACAUUCUUUUUGUGCUGAGACGGUGAUGGAUUCUGAUGAUGAUUCUGAUUUGGGUGCUAAUACUCCAAAGCGUUUUGUGAAUGAUCUUCCUACACCUCAUCAAUACAAAGACGAUAAGACCAAUGAUUUAUCCCUUAACAAGACAGAUGGUUUUGCUAUGGCUGAUCUUACUUCUAUCAAGCCACAAAAUAGUCUGAACUCUACACCUUUUCAAACUUCUGAAAAUUUCAAAGAUGAGAAAAAUGAGAACUGGGCAGCUUACCUAGCUCCAGAAAAAUUUAGAAGCCGCUGGUUAGGGGGCUGGGCAUGUAAGGAGUUAGAUUCGUCUUCAUUGAACCAGAACGAUGCAAAAUUGAACCAGAACAAUGCAAAAUUGAACCAGAACGAUGCAAAAUUGAACCAGAACGAUGCAAAACAUAUUCCUAAGUUUCUUUUCAGGAAGACAAGCUUUCUUACAGAAUAUGCAGAUAUUGUUCCAAUUGAGCGCUCACGUGUGGUGAAACAUGAUCCCAAGUGUCUCAGAGAGACAAGCUCUCUUACAGAUUCUGCAGAUAUUGUUCCAGAUGAGCGCUUAACUGUGCUGAAACCUGAUCCCAAGUGUCUUAGAGAGACAAGCUUUCUUUCAGAAUCUGCAGAUAUUGUUCCAGAUGAGAGCUCAUGUGUGCUGAAACAUGAUCCCAAGUGCGCCAUUAGUUCUCAACUAAGUAUGCCCUGUGAAGUUUCACACAACAAACCUGAUGAGGACAUAUUGAAUUCUCAAGAUAUGGUCAGAUGUUCUAAUCUAUCAUUGAUUGAUCCUCUCUGUUCAGUUGUUCCAUGUAGCAUAACUUCAGAACGUGACUAUUACAAAGCUCUUACUGCCAAAGAAAAUGACACCGAGUAUUUUGCCCCGUUGGUCUCUGACUUUGAGGCAGACAAUUGUCAAAGGAAUACUACAUUGGACUGUAGAGGUGAGAAAAUCACGUCUAUAAAAGAUGGGAUAGAUAUUCCAAUUACUACAACAGAGGGGGUACAACAGAUGUCUGAGAAGUUAACCAGGGUCGAGCAUACUCGUCUUAAGACUUAUAGCAUGAUUACACCAAACCAAGAUGUUAAGCAAAAUUUUCAUUUGACACCGCUUUCAACUAAUCAAAGUGAUGUUGCUGCUGCAUCUUUGGACACAAGGGUUUCAGAGUCUCCCUCUGCAUCCAAGCACGCAGAUGAAAACAAAAAUGAAGUGAGUCAUCAACAUUUCAUCGAUCAAAAGUCAAUUAUAGAAAUAACCGACGACAAGGUUGACGAGUUAAAAGCUUCAGAACUGACACAAAAGAGGUCACCUAUUAUUCUAAACCAUAGGACACGCCACCGCUUGCUAGGCCCUAAAGCUUCUGUAAAUAAUAUCAGUAUAGAGCAAAAUAUAAACCAAUAUGUAGCACCGGAGACUGUUGUUCAGCAUCAACAGAACAAUAAUUCUAGUAAGGUACAGAUUGAGUGCAGUAAAUCUGUUGACGGGGAUGUUAGAGUCAGAAAGCAAGUACGUUUCUCAGAUAAAGUGGAAGAGCUUCCUCAGAGAAGGAAAUUGUCAAAGUUGGAAUCUUCUCAUAAAAGAUGUUCAUCUAUUAGAGCAAAAAGACAACGGGUUUCAAAGUCAUUGACCACUUCUGCACCUCGUAUGCGACAUUCCGUGUCAAAUUAUUGCAGAGAUGCAGUGAAUGAAUUCAUAUUUCGAGGUAGAGAGUUCCUCCUCACUGGAUUACCUAGUCAGAUGGAAAGGGAACUGGAAGCACUUAUAAGAAGUUCUGGUGGGGUGAUUCUUUAUGAUAUUCCCUCUCCACCAAAUUCAAAGGGCAAAAAAAGUUCAACCUUAUCUUGCUUGCAGCUUCCUAUUAUUCUAUGUAAAAAAAAGCUGCAGACCACCAAAUUCUUGUAUGGCUGUGCUGUUGGUGCCUCAAUACUAAAAGUUGACUGGCUUACUGAUUGUCUUGCAUCUGGAACUAUUUUGCGACCUGAAAAAUACAUGAUUCUACCAACUCGAGAUGACAUGAAGUGGACCAGAAUCGGAAAGGCAGUUCAUCACAAAAACCGAAAGCAUAUUUUUGAAAGAGUAGGCAUUAUGCUUCACGGGAAGCAUAGCUUCUGCACCAAAUUUGCAUGUAUCAUCAAACAUGGAGGUGGACGGGCGUUCAAAACUCUUCAAUGGUUAGUUCGGAGUACCGAUGAAGAAAGGACUUUGAUGGGAGCCAUUGUAGUUGAAGAAAAGGCUACAAUAUCACGUCACCUGAAGUCCUGUGCUUUGGAGCGGGAUAUUCCUAUUAUGACUUCUAGCUGGAUCAUAAAAAGCCUAUAUUCAGGAAACUUAAUUCCUUUGAGUUUGACGGAAGAAAACAGUACGUUGUCACUGCAAUCUGUUCAAAUCACUGAAGUUCGAAAUUGUGUUGAUAUGAUGAGUGAAGAAAUAUAA